CUUUUCGCUUCAUAACGGUCUCGACGGUUCCCUAACCCAUGAAUACACCCUUUAUUCCGUUUCAUUGUUCGUGACGGGUUUGCUCAAUAAAGCUCAAGCACCUCUUGCUUUUGUUUUCUAUUAUAACGUCCCUUACACCGUGACAUAAGGAGAAGACAAAGGGGAGGGAAGAAGAGUGAUUAUAAAGAGAAAGCAUCAAGAAAUAUACUCAUUUUCCCUUCUUCCCUUUGAUCCAACCUUGCGUUUGUCAACCUUGUUACAAACUAUUUUCUUUGUCCUUGAGCAUGUUCUUACAUGUGGUGAUGAACCAAAUGGGCUGCAUGAUAUCAGGUCACGGUGGCAAGGGAAUUUUAGCCUCUAAGCUAUGGUUCUUGAUGGCAUUGUAUCUUCUCCCCAUCGGAGGUCAGGAUCAAUCAGGAAGCAAUUCCAAAAAGAUGAGUUGGGCAGCUGGUCAACACUUGUCCAGAGGCAUAGAUUUCUGUUAACAGCUUUGGGACUCUUAGCAUUCCUCUGUACCAUCUACCUUUACUUUGCAGUUACUUUAGGGGCCACCGCCGAUACAUGCUCUGGGUUGACAGGAACACAGAAAGCAACAUGUAAACUGCAGCAUGCAAGGUCGACUCUGUCCCAUGGAAAACUGAAAUUCCUUUAGCUUGUCUAUGGCCAAUUACCGGUUGGUUUAUUAUUAUAGUAUUCGGUUUUAGGCAACUGAAGGUAUUCAAAUUUGAAAAACACAAUUCAUUUAUAGUGGAAUAUUUUGUGUCCUCUUAUGCUGCUUGUUCAUAUGCAGGUUUAAAUCUAUGCAGCUGAAAUUUGUACUGCAAACUCUAUUUUAAUGAUUAAUCUUCUAAAGAAGCUAAUUUUCUUAAUGUUGAAGAUGCAUAUAAUGUUGUUUGGAGGUUA